AUGGCCUACCUCAAUAUCUACAAAUUGGUCAAAGUUGAGAACAAUGCUGACCUGCAAAGGUACUCCUCAACUUCGGCUUUGGAACCACUGAGGACCGGAGUGGCAUCGAGAGGAUUGAAUUCUUUCCGUCCAGCACCCGCACUGGACUCAACUACUACACCUUGCUCAAUUGGGUUCUACAUGCAAGACUAUAAUCCAACCCUUGGUUUUUCGAUUAAUAGACUUGAAAAUCAAGCUGCAUGCACCCAUGGUAUUCAAGAGAAUGGAGGAAAGGUUUUAUUCCCUUUUGGUGAAAUGGAAUCGAGUUCAUCAAGCACUGAUGGAGUUGAUGAUCAAAAUAAGGAGCAAGGCAAUUCAGCUGGAUAUUGGACCGACUGA